GUGGCGUUAGGUCGGUCUUGUUCCGAAGCUCCGCCUUCGUCUCGGUCUUUCUGGAAACCCAUCUUUGCUCUUGGCCGUGCCAGGCGGGUAUUUUCCGUCCGUUGCGGGUGCCCUUGGGACAGUCCGCUACACUGAAGCGGCGAGACCUUUUGUUCUGUGAAGGUUCGGAAGCUCUCGCAGAGAACAGGGAAGCCGGUUCCCGGAGUUGCGGCCCCGGCGCUGACCUUCCUUCUUUUUUCCCUUCCCGAUUGCAGCGUCUCAGACGCUAGUGUGAGCGCCCCCAUGGCGGAUACGGCCCCCAACGGCCCCCAAGGGGCGGGCGCAGUGCAAUUCAUGAUGGCCAAUAAACUGGACACAGCAAUGUGGCUUUCUCGCUUAUUCACAGUUUACUGCUCUGCUUUGUUUGUUCUGCCUCUUCUUGGGUUGCAUGAAGCGGCAAGCUUUUACCAACGUGCUCUGCUGGCAAAUGCUCUCACUAGUGCUCUGAGGCUGCACCAAAGACUACCACACUUCCAGUUAAGCAGAGCGUUCCUGGCCCAGGCUUUGUUAGAGGACAGCUGCCACUACCUGUUGUAUUCACUCAUCUUUGUCAAUUCCUACCCUGUUACAAUGAGCAUUUUCCCAGUCUUGUUAUUUUCUUUGCUUCAUGCUGCCACAUACACAAAAAAGAUUCUUGAUGCAAAGGGUUCAAAUAGUUUACCUCUGCUGAGAUCUCUCUUGGAUAAAUUAAGCGCUAAUCAACAGAAUAUUCUGAAGUUCAUUGCUUGUAAUGAAAUAUUCUUGAUGCCUGCUACAGUUUUUAUGCUUUUCAGUGGUCAAGGAAGUUUGUUUCAGCCUUUUAUAUACUAUAGAUUCCUUACUCUUCGAUACUCUUCUCGAAGAAAUCCAUAUUGUCGGACCUUGUUUAAUGAACUGAGAAUUGUUGUUGAACAUCUUAUAAUGAAACCUGCUUGCCCACUGUUUGUGAGAAGACUUUGUCUCCAGAGUAUUGCCUUUAUAAGCAGACUGGCACCAACAGUUGCAUAGUGUAACAUCCAGCUAAGUUAUACACAAUGUAAAUAAGCAUUGUUAGCUGCUGGUACUUCUUCUGCUAGGGAUGGAUAAUUCCAGGUGUAAAACUGACCUCAAUGCAAUUUACAUAAUUUACAUAAAUGCAUCUCAAAAGAAAAGUAAUCAUUUUCCUGGCAUGUUUAGUCAAGCCUAUCAAACACUUUCUGAGAAACUCUAUUGUGAUUGUUGUUAAUAGUUAAGGAAGUUUGAAUCUUGUGAUAAAUGUAUCAGGAAUUCUUUAGAUGCUGCUGUGCCUUUAUCAUGAAGUACAUUUAUUUGUCUGGUAAAAAUAGCUCUAAAGUUUGUUUUCAUCUAAUUGGUAACCUGAAUUUACAUCUGGCAUGAGUUCAUUAUGAUAAUAUUAACAUGUAAAUUCAGUAUACUUUGAGACAGUAUUCUUUUGCCAUUCAGUAAUUUUGGUUGAUGGUUGUAACAAAAACACUUCCCUCCUUCUGUAUUUAAUUUCAAAGUGCUUUUAUGUAAAUUUUGUACUGCUUCAUCAGGACAGAUUUAUUUUGGAUUUCUUUAUGUAUCUUAUACUAUGACCUUCCAAAAUUUUAUUUUCAUAUUUACUUCUGUGGCUUUGGGGUUUUUUUCUUACAGGCCCAACUCAAAGGUUGUUAACCAACUGGGUAAACAUUUGUGGUCACCUAAGCAUUUUACAUCAGCGAGCAGUAGUCAUACAGUUUUCCUCUCAGAGACAGGUUGAGUAACAGUUCUCAAAUAGUAAAUCCUUUUAGGAUUGUGGAUACAAUUACUUAGAUCAGAUUCUUGACUGCCAGUUUUCUCAGUUUCUUAGGCUUGAAUUUUCAUAGAUAGUUGCACCAGUUCAGGUGCCCUUUGAAAGGAAUGUAAGUGAAGAUUGAGCUGUGACUGAACUUUGUAUCUGUUCUGAAAUAAUAAUGAAGAUCAUACAUACCUACCUAUCAAAUUUCAUUUAAAAGAUUAAAUAGAAAGGUUUAUAGGUGUUGGUUAUUGAUUGGGAAUGGGGCCAGAGGAGUUGUGGGGGAAAUAGUGUGCAUUUCAGUCUUGUAAUGCAUGGAUAAAUUUAGAGGAAUUGAAUGUAUUAUGCAACUGUGAUUUGAGUUGUUUAACAUAUGAAACACAUUUGUUGAGCUUCCAUCAACUCCCUUUUAAAAUUCAUUCUGACCUUUAUUUAUUAUUGCAUGAUUGGAAAUGUUUAAAACAUUGCAAAAUGUUAAUGCAGAGUAAUGUAAUGGUUUUUGUAACCAGUUUUCUUCUAUGUGCAUGUAAUUUGGAUUUCUCAAAUAUACUCAGUGACUUAGCAGUAACAUCAGUUUUCUUUUUAUUCUACUUUUUGGUCUAUAGAAAUGUGAUACUUACUUGAUAGCUCAACUGUAACCAGCUAUUUUUGUAAUUUUGUAAUAUUAUCUACAAAGGUAGAGAAGCUUCAUAAUACACAGUCGAUUGUUGGGGGGCACUCAUUGUCACUAUGUGUAUAAUCUGAUGGUUUUAAAAACUAAAUUUUCUAGAGCAAUAAAGUAACUUUAAUGUUAAGUAAACAAUA